CAAAGCAAGUUGUGCUGGCAGAAGCCUGAGCCUCACGAUAAACCCUGGCAUCAGCCUGCCUUCAUCCGGCAGUCAGCGAGGACACUUCAGGGCGCAGGGGCAGAGAGACGGGACGGAGAGAGAGUGAGACAGACAGAGAGAGAGUGAGAGAGAGAGAGAGAGAGAGAGAGAGAGAGAGAGAGAGAGAGACAGAUUGGCGUCAGGAGCAGCCUCCAGAGGGCUCUGACUGAUACAGAUCCUCUCCACAGCUCUGUACGCAGAAGCUCUUUCUGCUGUUUCCUGACGCUGGCAGGGUUGAUGAGGAUGGCGAGUGGCUUCUUCUUUUCCACAGCAUCAUCACUGGAGCAACGGUAGCAUCAGCAUCUACAGCAGCAACAGCUUCAGCCUCAGCAUCAUCAUCAGCAGCAGCAGCCGGAUCUAUACUCUGCUGCUGGUCCCUAUUCUUCAGCCGCCUCCUCUCUCUGCUGUCUAAGAGUGCUGCUGUCAGGGCCGUUCCGCCCACCUCCACUUCUGCCUCCUCCUGCCUCCUCCUCCAUCCCGCCUCCUCCUCCACAUCUCCAUCCUCCCACAUGCUCUCCUUCAUUCCUUCCAUUGAGCCACGGCACUGAAUUAAUUCUUCGCCCUCUGACUGGAGCUGCUUUCUCUAGGAAGACAGUAAGUGAUGUAGGGAGAGAGGUAGAUACAAAGAGAACAAGUCGGGGAGUAUAAUAUGUGUGUGUGCGAGCACGUGAGUGUAUGGCUGAAAGAGAGGUGGGUGUCAGUGUGUGUUUUGAUAGAGAGAUUGAGACUGCAAGAGAACUAGCAGGAUGUGUGUGGCUUGGAUGAUCCUCCUGUGCAUUUAAUCAGUCAGUAUCACAGAGGAGCAUAGACUGCAAGCCCUGGACACAGCUACAGCUGCUGAUGUAGAGAGAAGUGCUGCUGAGCCUUGAGAGGAGAAAAGAGAGAGAGGAAGAAAAAAACAACUGCUUUCCUUCUCGUCUCUCCAGGUGUCAUGUGUGAUUGGCCAGCUUGCCCUCUGGCAGUAGCAUCAGCCUGGAUUCCGUGUGUGUCUCGCCCCCCUGCCUGUGCCUGGGCUCCGGCUGUCCCUGGGGAGGCGCUACUGGGAUUUACCUCUUACUGCUGGAUGGAGAUGGGCUUUCUGCCUUUUUGAAAACUGUUCACCAAAGGAGAAAUGCACAGAUACAAAGGAGGAAAUAUAAUGAAUCAAUCAGCAGCACAACCAGGCAGACUGCUGGAUUCCCUUAGCAACAACUCGGGGAGUGAAAGAGAGAAGUGAAUCAUCUCUUCCUAUCUUCUCUGGUGUCUGGUUUCUGGGCACACCCCUGCAGACCAGAGUGGACCAACAGUCGGAUCUGAAAGGGCAGGAUUUGGGACACUGCAUGGGCAGGAAGGACACGCAAGUGACCCUAACGCCAGGGGAAGGACCCUCCUCUUCCUCCUUCUCUUUCACCUCCUCUGGUUCAUCACCAUGUUGGUUUGUCAUUCUUCCCCUGCACGUUCUAUUCAUUAGUCACAUUUUACUCGCUAAGAUGUCCGUUUAUCCUCAAUCUUGCCACCUGGACUAAGCCCUGCCACUGAACAAAAGAUUGGACAUUCUUCACACACACACACACACACACACACACACACACACACACACACACACACACACACACGCACGCACGCACGCACACACACACACACACACACACACACACACACACACACACACACACACACACACACACACACACAUGCACAGAGAGACUCUCACCCCUCCUCCUACCUUCCUUACUCCUCUCUUUGACGAGAAAUGAACAACACAUGUCGGGCAUCAUCUGAACAUAAAAUGGAUGGGUGCAGAAGUUGCUUUUGAUGUGGGCUAUUUCUUUAUUCCUUCAAGAUGAGUUUAUUCUCCCGUCACUUCUAAGAGAAAGGGAACCGUGCACGGCGGAGGACACAGGAGGAAUAUCUCUUGUUUUCACAAGGAUUUGUUCUCCUCUCUCCCGAAAAAAGACAGAUGCCAAACUGAGGGAGUAUAUUUAGAAUCCAAAGCUUGUCCCUACUGCCUACCAAUAAUGUAGACCAAGAUCAUUAAAAAAAAUGAGCAACUGCUGGGAGUUCUACUUUUCUUUGCUUGGAUAUUCUGAUCUACAGGGAGGCUGAACAUGAACCCCUUGUUCAGCUUGACAACCUGGGAUGCACUCUUUUACAGUAACCUGGCUGACACCAAGUCACUGCAUCGUACCAGCUAAAUAAGACUGUAAAGGAAGGUGAGUGGGAGGGGAAAAUAGCAACUUCCUCUGACAGACGAUCUAAAUAAAUAUCCUCCUCAGAGACCGAUGCAAACGUACACACUGACACAUGAGAUGAGUAGGCUCUCUGGCUCAACACUAUUAUAUAAGGUGUUUUCACACACACCAUCUUAGCUCCUGUUCUUUUCAUCAUCCUCCUGUUCCGUGGAUCUAACUUGAGUUUUUUUCAUGUUUCUUUUGGCUUCAUUUUUGGUACAAUCCAUCCUGGAGCCAUGGAUGGCAGAGGGUAACGCCAGGGGGUUGAGCGCUCAGGCCAGGCAAGGUCUUUUGGCUGUCCAGGGGCUUUUAAGAUGUUGAGGUCUCCCUGCGUGGCCGGGGCCCCUGUUCGGAUCAGUAGCACUGAGGCUCCUCGCGGCCAGAGACAUGGACCCCGAAUCGGCUCCCCCCCGCCCCUGCCCUCAGCCCGCCGGCCCCUGGCCCCAAGUCGCCCUGUGAAGGAUGUCCCUCAGCAGAGCUCCGGACCGGGACACCUCUGAGACCCCCAGCCAGACCCCCAGAGAACGCAUCCGCAGCCACAUGAAGAUGGUGAUCAACCAGCUGGACGGCAUUCUCAAAGAGCUCAAGGAUGUGGCCAAGGAACUCCGGGAGGUGGUGGGUCAGAUCGACAAGCUGACGUCAGACUUUGACUUUGACCUGGAGCCAGAUGACUGGACAGUGGCCACAGCGAGCAGCACGUCCAGCAGCGAGAGAGGCCUGGGAGAGGCCUUCAGGCUGGACUUCCUCAACCCUGACGUGCUUUCAGACAGCUGGGAGUUCUGCAGCUAUCUGGAGGCCUCCGUCGCUGCAGCAAACGCCGCCCACAAAGCAGGGCCAACGGUGCAGCCCAAAGAUGCAGGGCUGGAGCCGGGUGCGGGGCGUGGGUGCAUCCCCACACAGACCCAGACCCCGCCACCCACAACCGCCUCAGCCUACUCCCAAAUGAAUGGGGGGCUGCCCAUCCCUAACGGACCUCUCAUAGUCACCCCAGACUCAUCCAGCGCCAGCGAAGAGGCUUCCAGCUCCACACACAGCCACAAGACCUCCCGCACGUCCGGCACCAGAGAGAGAGUCCGCUUCAGUGACAAGAUCCUAUACCAUGCGUUGUGCUGUGAUGAUGACGAGGAGGAUGAAGAGGAGGGAGAUGAGGAGAAGGGCGGCUGUGCGACCCCAGACACUGAUGACAGUGAGCCCAGUCCUAGUCAAGCCGGCUCGCCCACACCACCGCUCUCCUCCUCAGAGCACUCCGUCCUCCAUAACUGUCUGGACCCUUCUUAUGUCUCGUUCCCAGUGAACGUGGCAGCGGGGACUCACACGCUGCCCAGAAAGGGUCUUCUCAAUCCCGCGAGCUGCCGGAAAAAACUGCUACGGAACAGCAGCACACAGACUGUUUCAGAUAAAAGCACCCAAACUGUACUGCCCUAUAUUCCAGCCAAACAGAAAACAAAGGACCACUGAGAAACAUUAACUUUACAACGACAGAACUAAUGAAAAAGGACUGUGUACUAUUUAAUAUUAAAUGCAUAGAUCAUAGAUUAAUACACAACUAAAUAAAUACAUAUGAAUUACUAAAUAAAUACAUGAUAUGGGAAAUGACUCACCUACCUAAAGUCAUUCUGAGGCUCAGGGAAACAAAGGAAAAAGGCAGUUCCUUAAGGCAGUAACAGAGAGAAAAGUGUUAUUGACGGACCAAAAGGCGAGUGCCUGCUAAUGUUAAGAAAUGGACCGGAUGGAAUCCUUAUUUAUAAUCAUUUGCAACACUUAUUGAGAUGACUCAAGCAAUCACUUUUCUAGGAAGUUGAAAUUGUUCUGAAAUCGGAAAGUAAGUGUGAAGAGGUCAUUUCCCUCCUCGUACACCAGUAUAAAUCACAAGAAAAUAUAUUGCUUGUUCUUUAAGAUGUGGUUAAAAAACACUGCACAUUCUGUACACUGAGAAUCUGUAUAAACAUUGUCUUUUUCAUCUUCCAA